AUGGUUGAUACCCUUGCAGCCUUCCUGGGAGCCUCGCCCUGCAGGCCCAGCCCUGGCCCCGGAGCCCGGCCCCGCCCGCAACCCAACCGCGCCUGGGCGCGCGAGCGCCGGGGAGCCGCAGCCGCCGGGCUGCCAGUCGGAGCCCACGGCCCAGGGGCGGGGGCGGCGGCCGCUUUCCGCGAGCAGGCUGCGCUCCGCUCGGCAACGGUCCGGCUCUCGGGAGCUGCGGACAAAGUGGCUUGGGAUUGGUCUCGUGUGAAACCAGCCUUGGGUUCAAGAUUGGCAUCCCCUGCCCUCACUAGGGCUGCUGGCUGGCCCAGGCUGGAUGUCCCCAAUGCCUGCCUGACCCUCUUUGUAUCCCCCACAGUGAACUUCUUCCUCAGUGGGAGGCUUGGCAGCGCAGUGCCCGCCAUAGCUGCCUGCAGUGGGAAGCUGGAGCAGCACACAGAACGGCGCGGAGUCAUCUAUAGCCCGGCUUGGCCCCUCAACUACCCGCCGGGCACCAACUGCAGCUGGUACAUCCAGGGUGACCGCGGGGACAUGAUCACCAUCAGCUUCCGCAACUUUGAUGUGGAGGAGUCCCACCAAUGCUCCCUGGACUGGCUCAUGCUGGGCCCUGCAGCCCCACCCCGCCAGGAGGCUUUCCGGCUCUGCGGCUCCGCCAUCCCGCCCGCCUUCAUCUCAGCCCGCGACCACGUCUGGAUCUUCUUCCAUUCGGACGCCUCCAGCUCUGGCCAGGCACAAGGCUUCCGGCUCUCCUACAUCCGAGGGAAGCUGGGUCAGGCGGCCUGCCGGGCUGACGAGUUCCGCUGUGACAAUGGCAAGUGCUUGCCGGGCCCGUGGCAGUGUAACACUGUGGAUGAAUGUGGGGAUGGCUCCGACGAGGGCAACUGCUCAGCCCCGGCCUCAGAGCCGCCAGGCAGCCUGUGCCCCGGUGGCACCUUCCCCUGCAGCGGGGCGCGCUCCACGCGCUGCCUGCCGGUGGAGCGGCGCUGCGACGGCUCGCAGGACUGCGGGGACGGCUCAGACGAGGCUGGCUGCCCGGAUCUGGCGUGCGGCCGGCGGCUGGGCAGCUUCUACGGCUCCUUUGCUUCCCCAGACCUGUUCAGUGCCGCCCGGGGGCCCUCAGACCUGCACUGCACGUGGCUGGUGGACACACAGGACCCGCGGCGCGUGCUGUUGCAGCUAGAGCUGCGGCUGGGCUAUGACGACUAUGUGCAGGUGUACGAAGGGCUGGGCGAGCGCGGGGACCGCCUGCUGCAGACACUGUCCUACCGCAGUAACCACCGGCCGGUCAGCCUUGAGGCUGCGCAGGGCCGCCUCACUGUGGCCUACCAUGCGCGCGCCCGCAGCGCAGGCCACGGCUUCAACGCCACCUACCAGGUAAAGGGCUACUGCCUCCCCUGGGAGCAGCCAUGUGGCAGCAGCAGCAGCAGCAGCAGCAGCAGCAGCAGCAGCAGCAGCAGCAGCAGUGAGGGGGACGCAGGAGAGGCGGGGGACCAGGGCUGCUUCUCGGAGGCCCAGCGCUGUGACGGCUGGUGGCACUGUGCCAGUGGCCGCGAUGAACAGGGCUGCCCAGCCUGCCCGCCGGACCAGUAUCCCUGCGAGGGCGGCAGCGGCCUGUGCUACACGCCCGCCGACCGUUGUAACAACCAGAAAACCUGCCCUGAUGGCGCCGACGAGAAGAACUGCUUCUCCUGCCAGCCUGGCACCUUCCACUGCGGCACCAACCUAUGCAUCUUUGAGACAUGGCGCUGUGACGGCCAGGAGGACUGCCAGGAUGGUAGCGACGAGCACGGCUGCCUAGCUGCCGUGCCCCGCAAGGUCAUCACCGCAGCCCUCAUCGGCAGCCUGGUCUGCGGCCUGCUGCUUGUCAUCGCGCUGGGCUGCGCCUUCAAGCUCUACUCCCUGCGCACGCAGGAGUACAGGGCCUUUGAGACGCAGAUGACGCGCCUGGAGGCGGAGUUUGUGCGGCGGGAGGCACCCCCCUCCUACGGCCAGCUCAUUGCGCAGGGCCUUAUUCCCCCGGUGGAGGACUUCCCUGUCUACAGCGCAUCACAGGCUUCAGUGCUGCAGAACCUCCGCACGGCCAUGCGCAGACAGAUGCGCCGGCACGCCUCCCGCCGCGGCCCCUCCCGCCGCCACCUCGGCCGCCUCUGGAACAGGCUCUUUCACCGCCCUCGGGCGCCUCGCGGCCAGAUCCCGCUACUCAGCGCCGCCCGCACCUCACAGACAGUGCUGGGCAAUGGGCUCCUCCAGCCCGCUCCGGGUGCUGCCCCGGACCCCUCGGCAACCCGAGUGGGCACAGGCAGUCCUGUGGCGACAGGCGACGGGCUCCCUAGUGCCACCGGCCAGGCAUCUGAGGUGGGGCCUUCCAUGCCACCGUCACCCCCAGGCUAUCAGGACGCCGAGUGCAGGCCCACGGAUAAGGACAGAGAGGCCUGCAGGGACCCUCCGGUGGACAGUCCAGCCUCUGUGGACACGCCUUGGCAACCCUGCCCCACCCAGGACCCGCACCCCUCGGCCCCCAUUGCCAGCAGCACCCUUGGCCCUCAGCUACCAGAGUCGCUUGGCACCUGCAGGAGCCCCCCGCCACCCUGCUCCCCCAUAUUGGAGGCCAGUGACGAUGAGGCCCUGCUGGUCUGCUGACACGCUGGACACGCUGAUGACCGCCACCGCCCCGCUUUGUAACCAGGGAAUACACAGUGAUUUCUACCAUG